GAAAUUUUGCUGCGACUGCGACGCCACAGCGAAUUUGAGCCCACAGUGUCCGUUCUGUCAGGUGAAAGCGUGUAUCGGCUCAAUUUGGACUCGUUGGAAAAGGAAAAUGCGUUCAACUUCGGUCGUACUGCGGCCAACGCCACGUGUAUGGACUGCUGGGGACCUCAAUCCCUCGUGGUCUGUUUCUCCUCCGGCGAAGUUUCUCUUAUGGACUGGCGCGAUCCAGGCGGUGUGCUACUCGUAAAUACAUAUGCGCCCCAGCGGGCCUCCGCAUGUCGGACUGCCCAAGGAAGAUUUCGGGCAGCUCCUCCACGCGCUGGCAUCCUGUCAUGCUGUGCCCUGGAGGAUAGCUUUCGUGUGGUUUGUGGCCUGGGGGACUCCUGUGGAACGGUUGUAGUGACAGACUUACGCAAGGCUUUGACGACAUCUCUCCGGACGAAAAAGCGUGGUAGAAGCUCACCAGCAGAGGACGCGUGGCAGGCGGUUAUAGCCGGAAGCUUCUCCAUUCCCACUUCUUACCCCAUCAGCGACAUGCGGCACUGCCGCUGUGAUUUUGGAACGAUAGGAAUGGUGGACACGGGUGGCUCCAGUAUCCUGACGUCUAUUAACUCCCUGGAGGACGGAUCGAUGAAUGCACGAAAGAAGCAGAGUGAUACUUUGCGGGGAGUCAUUUCCUCCUUCCCCGCCUCUUCUUCUGGCAGCAGCGACGGCGGCGGAAUAAUUCCCCAUGCUCGAUCUCUUCGCUGCGAUGUGUCGUCGGACGGCUGUUUUCUUGUAAGCACACGAGUGACGCCAGGAUACACUGCGCUUUUAACGCGUCAAGGGAAAAGAGCGGAUAUUCAGCUAAACAGGGUGGCGCACGAGAAGCUUCGCCAAGAACCCUUUGUCUCCGUGGCGGUUUUGGGUUCAACUGUUUGUGCGCAAACAAGCUCUGGGAACGCCUUGUGCGCCACCCUCCAAAUAUGA